UAGGAAUUAAUGUAAUGGAAUGUAAUGUAUAUUAAUUAAUUAAUUAAAAAAAUAGAAAAUUGAUUCAUACAUUACAUACAUUAAUUAAUUCAUCACAUAACAUGCAUUACAUUCAUUAUACUGAAAUUGUUUUUUUGUUAUUUAUUUUGUGUUGUGUAGUAAGUACUAAGUAGAAAAUGACAUCGGAAAGUAAUAGAAAAGAUCCGGCGUGGCAAUAUGCCCAUUUGGUGGAGGAGAAUAAUUUAAACAAGUUUGAGUGUAAUUUUUGUGGUAAAGUAUCAAAUGGAGGUGUUUAUCGGGUGAAACAACACCUUGCAGGAGGUUAUAGGAAUGUCACUGCUUGCCCGAAGUGUCCUUCUCAUGUAAGAGAAGAGAUUAGAGAGUUCAUGUCCAAAAAAAAGACACAAAAAGAAGAAAUGAACAUGUCUGAUUUUGAUGACAUGGACAUGGACAUGGAAGAUGAAGAUGAAGAUGAUGAUGUCGUUGAGAUCAAUGUCAAUCAACACCGCAAGUUGACAAGUAGUAUCCAAGGUUCAUCCAAAUCCAAAUCCAAAUCCAAAUCAAAAAUGCCAAAGAGAAAAGGGCCUAUGGAUAUUUACUUCACACCCAAUCCUAAAUCAGUGGUGAAAAAUCGAAAAGACCAAGCAAAAGGGAAACAAACCAAAAUUGAUGCAAAUGAACCUUACAAAAAAGAAAUGAGAGCUCGGGCACUGCAGAGAUUUGCAAGGUGGAUGUAUGAUGCUGGUAUCCCUUUUAAUGCAGUAAAUUAUGAGAGUUUUGGACCAAUGAUUGAAGCCAUUGGCCAAUAUGGUCCUGGUAUGAAGCCACCGACUUACCAUGAAGUACGGGUUACCCAACUCAAAAAAGAAGUGAAACAUACCGAAGAUUUGAUGAAGUAUCAUAAAGAGGAUUGUGCAAAAUGCGGGUGUUCCAUAAUGGCUGAUGGUUGGAUUGAUAAGAGAGGAAGGACAUUGAUUAACUUUUUAGUUAAUUGUCUAAGAGGAACCAUGUUUGUUGAGUCGGUUGAUGCUUCUAGCUAUUCAAAGGAUGGGCAAAAGCUAUUUGAAUUACUAGACAAGUUUGUGGAGAAAGUUGGAAAAGAGAAUGUGGUGCAAGUUAUCACUGAUAGUGCUGCAGCUAAUGUGUUGGCGGGGAGGUUUUUGGAAGCUAAGUAUGAACACUUGUAUUGGACACCAUGUGCUACUCAUUGUUCGGACUUGAUGUUAGAAGACAUUUUCAAGAUACCUAGACUGAAAAAGAUAUUUGAAAGGGGUAUUGCAGUACAUGGCUACAUUUACAAUCGGCUUACGUUGCUAAACAUGUUGAGGCGCUAUACAAAUUUGAAGAAUUUGAUCAAGCCUGCAAAAACUAGAUUUGCAACCGCCUUUUUGACUUUGUCUAGGAUGCAUUAACAAAAAAACAAUUUGAGAAAGAUGGUUACCUCCGAAGACUGGACCUCAAGCAAAUGGGCAAAGGAGUCACAAGGUAAAAGAAUGGCACAAACUUUGUUGAUGCCUUCAUUUUGGAAUACUGUUGUGUUUGCCCUUAAGGUCUCGGGUCCUCUUGUCAAAGUGCUUAGAUUGGUUGAUACCGAGAAGAAACCUCCCAUAAGAUACAUUUAUGAGGCAAUGGAUAGGGCAAAAGAAUGCAUUGCAAGUUCAUUUGAUCAUAAAGAAGAGAAGUAUAAUGAAAUCUUCGAAAUCAUUGACAAAAGAUGGGAUGUCCAAUUGUAUCGACCUUUACAUGCAGCUGCGCAUUUUCUUAACCCAGAAUUCUUUUACCCAAAAGUGUUAGAGGUGCAGAGAGAUCAUGAAUUGAUGAAUGGGUUUUAUGAAUGCAUGCAAAAGUUGGUCCCGGAUGUCACUGUUCAAGAUUUGAUCACUAAUGAGAUGAGUAUUUAUAUGAAGGUUGAGAGUCUUUUUGGCAAGGUUGUUGCGAUUAGGUAAAGAAAUACAAGAGCACCAGGUAAUAUAUUAUAGACUCAGAGAGUUUAUUUUCAGUAAUACUUUUAGUAAAACUUAAUACUUGGUAACAAUUAUUUCUAACUAGUGGAUUAUCGCAGCUGAUUGGUGGGCAUUAUAUGGUUCUUAUACUCCAAACUUGCAAAAUUUUGCCAUAAAAGUCCUUAGCCUAACAUGUAGUUCAUGUUAGGGAAAAUUGAUGUGAUUCCCCACAAGUAAUCAAUCAAUGGGAAUAAAAACUAAUGCAAAAAAUUAAAUCAAAGGCAACACAAGAAUUUUUAUGUGGUUCCCUCAAUGUGAGGUACGUCCACGGGAUCG